CAAAACUGGACCUUUACCCCCGUUUUAACCACAAUUCACCUUUAAUAUCGGGGAAUUUCGUUGAUAUCUGAUAGGUUCUAUAAGAAUCUUCUCUCUCUAGAGAAUCAAGACUUGAGGGGGUGUCCGAGAUCGAGAAAAGGAGAUAACAUGAAACCCAAGGCGGAGCUGAUUCGUGCAGCGAGGAACUGGCCUACACUUGCCAUGGGUGAAGACGACGAAGCGCCUGGAUGCCCAAUACGCUUCUCGAAAAAUCAGGAAGAACGAUGCAUACGUAUUGAGGCGGUGCAAAACUUCAUUGAUGUUCAAAUGGAGAAAAUUCGUGAUCGGAUAGGGAUAAUCACGGAUGGCUGGACACCUCCAAUGACAUGUGAAGAUACGCUCAAGCAGAACUGGCAUGUCAAGAAUGAAGCCUUUGAGAGGGAGAAUGACGGAACGCGGAAAGAGAUCCUCCAGAACAGGCCAUUUGAUGACCAUGAAGGAUAAAAUUAUUACAA